AUGUAUGGAUGGAUGCGGAUUCAUCGACGAGAAAGGGGCCAAGCGUGGAGCAGGCAUGAUAAACAUGCGUUGGCUCUCUUGCAGGAUCGAGAGACCCUCGACAGGGUUCCAGAGAUGGGUGGAUCUAGGGUGAUCCGGGCCCAUGGUGCCUGGAAUACGACUCGCAUACGGACCAUUGAGGAAAAAUGA